AUGACGGAGCUCAUCGUCCUAACGUGCGCCUCAGGUCGGCAAUGCAGCGGAAUUAUACCUCUUCUGUACGGCAAACCAUCAUACUUGCUUCGGCUUGUAGUGAACUCGACUUCAUCGCUCCAGCGCCUCUCAAAGCAGUGGCCUGCAGCGGAAGUGGUCCAGGCCAACCUGCGGUCACCAGAUGACUGUUCGAAGAUUCUGCACGGUGCGACGGCCAUUGUUUUCAUCGGACCGCCCUAUCACCCUUACGAAGUGACGCUUGGAAUGAACAUGAUAGAUGCUGCGGUCGAGGAGACUAAAACGAACAAAGCUUUUAAACACUUUAUCUUUUCCUCGGCUAUACAUCCGGAGCUGAGCAAAAUGCUGAAUCACACGCAUAAACGCCCAAUAGAGGAGUAUCUGACGGAGUCUGGCCUGUCUUAUACGAUCCUUCAGCCCAGCACGUUCAUGGACAACUUCAUCGGUGUCUUAGUCGACCAGGCCGCGUCUUCUGCCCACAAGAAGGGCCUCUUCAAAGCGACCUUUAAUCCAAACACGCCGAUGUCGUUUUCUACAGUUCGCGACCUUGCGGACAUCGUUGUCAAGGUUAUUACUGAGAGAGCCAGACAUUUCUACGCCACGUAUCAGAUCGUCGCGACCUUUCCUAUUACGACGACCGAGUUUAUCACGCAAGUGGGCGAAGCCUUGGGAAUAGAAUUUGAAAUUCAACAGAUGCCCUUUGAGCAAGCGUGUGAGAUCUUUACCAAGAGCAAGACUGCUGGGCAGGAAAUGGAUCAGCAGUAUAAAGACGGUCCCGAAAGGAUGCUGAUAUACUAUAACAGUCGCGGCUUGUAUGGGAACCCUGGAGUGGCAGAGUGGUUGCUGGGAAGGCCGGCUACCUCACCCGCCGAUUUAGCACUGGCUAAACUCAAAGAACGUUCUCAAUGA